AUGGAACUACGUAAGCAGGUAAAAACAACGCUCAAGCCGUCCCGCACUGUGAUCCACCUCGAUAAAUCCAACCAUAUAUCGACACGUCACGCCUCCACUUGCCGUGUAGACUCAAAAAUCGAAGAACACACGGGGAAAGAGUCGUUUGCCUUUGCUCCCAUGGCGUACAUAGAGAGAGGUGUUGUCAAGUCCAAAAAAUCAUUUUGGCGGCUAAGAACAAUCGCGGAUUUCUUUUUGGCAGUCGUGAACUUCAUUAGCAUCUUCUUCGUGACACUUUUUUCGAUGGAUAAAGCUGAAACUUACCGUAAAGGAUCGGGCUCAGGUAAGAAAUGGGAUGACGGCGGUGCUCCAGGAGGGCCCGGUGGGGGCCCACGAAGGCCGCCAAGCGGGAUGAGUAAUGUCCGGGGGAUUGAUCAUAGCGCUCCUUCUGCAUGUGGUUCGUGCUGCGGAGGCUGA